AUGUUAACUCACAUUUCUAAAUCCAUCUCUAUAGUAACCAUUCUAUUAGUAUUACAAGCUUUUUACUACACAACAAAGGCUCAAAACUGCGGUUGUUCGUCGGACCUAUGUUGUAGUCAGUUUGGAUUUUGUGGCAACACUUCAGACUAUUGUGGUGUUGGUUGUCAACAAGGGCCUUGCUUCGCUCCUCCUCCUGCGAAUGACGUGUCCGUUGCUGAGAUUGUUACUCAAGAAUUCUUCGACGGAAUCAUCAGUCAAGCCGAGCCUAGUUGCGCAGGCAAUGGAUUUUACAGCCGAGGAGCUUUUCUUGAAGCCUUAGACUCAUUCUCUCGUUUCGGUAGGAUUGGCUCGGUUGAUGAUUCUAAGCGUGAGAUCGCAUCGUUCUUUGCACAUGUCACACAUGAAACAGGACAUUUCUGCUACAUAGAAGAGAUAGAUGGAGCCUCAAAGGAUUACUGUAGCGAGGAUGCAACACAAUAUCCAUGCAAUCCUAACAAAGGCUAUUACGGUCGUGGACCGAUCCAGCUCUCUUGGAACUUCAACUACGGACCAGCUGGAACCGCGAUUGGUUUCGACGGUCUCAAUGCACCAGAGACAGUAGCUACGGAUCCAGUUAUAGCCUUCAAGACCGCCUUAUGGUACUGGACCAAUAGGGUUCAGCCUGUUCUAUCUCAAGGUUUUGGUGCAACAAUCCGCGCCAUUAACGGCGCUCUUGAGUGCGACGGUGCAAACACAGCCACCGUUCAAGCUAGGGUUCGCUACUAUACCGACUAUUGUCGUCAGCUUGGUGUUGAUCCCGGAAACAACCUCACUUGCUAA